AUGGAGUCUUCUGCUCUCCUCCCUGCUCGGGUGUCGGGGAGCACCGGCUGGGAGUCUCCCAGGGCUCUGUUUAUCUCCUCGGGCUCCGUCAUGUCGUGUUUCACACAGCUCUGGCACUCCAGCACCCCAGACUCUCCCACCAGCCCAGUCCCUGCCUCUCCCAGUGAAAUCCCCAUCCCCAUCAGCCCCAUUGUCGUCACCUCCCCGGGAGAUGGCAAGAGGAAGGCGAGGUCCCCGACUGACAAGCCGGGCUCUCCUCACCCCACGUCUCCCAAGCCGACCUCCCCCGUGGAGUGUUCCAUCUGCUUCAACACCUACGACAACACCUUCAAGACUCCCAAACUGCUCCAGUGCUCCCACGUCUUCUGCCUGGAGUGUGUGGCCCGGCUGAGCACCGGGCUGCCUCCCAACCAAGCAGAGGACCAGCUCCCCUGCCCCUUCUGCAGGCAGCUCACCAACAUCCCCUCGGAAGGUGCCCCAGCCCUCGAGACCAGCAAAGAGCUCCUGGCCACUCUCCCUCCUGAACUUCAGCAGGAGAAGGUGCUGUGGAUGGAAGGGACCAAGCUCUGCUGCCGCCAGGCUUCGGAUGACCCCGAGAAUCCCGACUCCUGCAUCUCCAUCGACGUGGCCAUGAGCAAACCCGAGAGCCCCGAGGCGCCUGCCGAGGGUCUGGCCGCCAGGCUGUCCCGCUGCGACAUGUGCGACGACUGGAAGCGCAUCGUGCUCCUCUCUGCCCUCAUCAUCAUCCUCUUCUGCAUCAUCCUCUGGCCUGUCCAGUGUGCCCUGAAGACGGGGAACCUGCGCUGCUUCACCAGGACUGUUGCCAUGAGCAGGCCAGAGUACCUGCCCCCGAAACACACCACGGUGGCAGCACCCGUCACGCAGCCACCCUCCUUCCAGUAG